AAUUGUGAUACCAUCGCCAUACUCCUCCGAAAUGACUUGUACGUUUUAAUAUAAUUUUAUAUGUAUAUUUCACGAGCGAUAAGUUAUUAUCUAUUUUUUAUAACCCUGUAAUAAGGGUGGUCAACACAGCAACGUUUUCCGGGUCAGCUAGUCAUUUAAUAAUUAAAUUAUUCGAAGUAACUUAAUCUACAAAUGGAAGUAAACCAUAAAUCAAUCAACUAAAAGAUUAGGAAGUAACGGCUUUUUUAAAAUAAUAUUGGUACGGUAUUUCAAAUUGAGUUAUUAUAGGUGUUGCACCUCUACUUUAACGUAACAAAGUAUAUAUUAUAGGUAUAUGAAGAUACAUAAUAAAUUAAAACACAAGAUAAAGAAAGCUGUUAAAAAUAUUAAAAACAUGAAGGUAACCUCUCAACUGGACUCGGUUCUUUACAUGCUGGGACCUUUAUUUCUUGUUGAAAACUUAUUUGGAAAAUUCAGAUACAGAAAAGUUAGUGGAAAUAUCGACUUACUGAAUAAGACAAUGAAAUGUUACUCUAUCUUCACAAUGUUGGUUCCUGUGGCAGCUUAUAUGAUUAUUUUUGCUUACACCGUAAUGUACAAGACAUUUACGGACACAUAUGACAUUGUGGACAAAGUUGAUGCAAUCUCAUCAAUGCUAGCAGCGAUACAAUAUAUCACAUCAACAGCACUAUUUUUAUAUUACACUGAAAACCAUGUGCGUAUCAUAAAACUCAUUGUCCACGUAGACGAUAUUCUAAAUAUCUCAAAUAAUAAACAGACCUAUAGGGAUUCCCGACGAUACAUUCAAAUUAGUAUAUCAUUGUUGAUAUUUAUUUACGUACUUUUAGGAAUUUACACCCUUACGAUGUCGGAUAGUGAUAAACCACUAGUAAGUCGAAUAAUAUUAAUAUUUAUUGAUUUUGAACGACACCUUGAAGUGUUCUCUUUUUAUAUAUUUAUCAAAACAAUUACAGAUAGACUUGGAGUUGUGAAUUCUCUUUUAGAACAGGUCAUUAAAAUAAAAUAUCAAAGCAAUGUUCUGGAUAUUCCGGUAAGUGAUUUAAGAACACAAAUCGAUCUUAUAAAUAUCAGGUGUGCAGUGAAUAAUUACUCUAUAACUCACACUUUAGCUAACAGCUAUGAUUUAAUUGGGGAAGCGUGUAAUGAGAUUAACAAAGUUUUCAAAUUCCACAUAUUUCGAGCGUUGUUUACUACUUUCCUGUACAUUUUAAUAGCAAUAUGGGUGAGUAUCUAUGAUAUCGGAUCUGCUUUAGGAACAUCUGUGUCUUUAGCCCAAAUGAUAUUCAUUUGUUUAUUUGAAAUCUUUUCAGUCGGUCUUAUGUCUUAUACUUGUGAAAUUUUGCUUUUGAAGCGUAACUUGACCAAGGUUUUAGUAAACGAACUUGUCAUGGAUUACAGCCUUACCAGACAAAUACGUACUCAAGCUAAAGCCUUUAUGGAGUUGAUCGAUGUGUGGUCUUUACAGAUUUAUGCGUAUGACAUGAUCACUAUUGACAUAAAGUUAAUACUUAAAUUUAUAAGCGUUUCGACAACAUAUCUUAUAGUAAUUAUCCAACUUUCGCAUUUUUUCUAAAUUGUAUUAUAGUACAUUAUUAAUUGUCUAAUUUACUAGCUCGUAACUAAUUAAUGCAUCUUAUUGUUGAUCGUCUGCGCGUUAGGUCGAUAGGGCUAAAUGAGCAAGCUUUACUAUUGAAGCUUUUUUAGAAUUAUUAUCAUAUUAGGUAUAAUAUAUUACGACAAUUGUGUGUGUGUGUAAUAUUAAUAAUUAUAGUCUGUAGGUAUAAAGCUUUUCCGUAUAUACCUACAUACAAACCCGUUUUAUUGAAAUUAUUUAAGAAUUGUAAUGUCAAUCAAAGCAAUAAAAUCUAGAUAUACAAGCUUUGCGUAGAAGUAUAAAAUGCCAUGGUAUAUUAAAAUUCGAAAUUAAUUUGUUUAUAGAUAACUGUAAUAAUAAAUGAUGACUGAUAUCGUGAAUCGUCAUUAUAUAUUGUUUUUUUUUUAUACCAAAUGUAUUUGUUUUAUGGCAAGAACAGACAGUGAUCUGUAAGCAGUUUCAACUAAAUGAUAAUAGUUAU